AUGAAGUCGUUGCCGAAUUUGAACGGGCGCUAUCUAUUGGAAGCUGCUGAUGAGAGCAAGGCAGCAGAGGAGGUGAACCCACAUGAUCGCAACACUUUCCCAACAAUACCAACCUUGCCCCAGCUGCCUGAAUUCCCAACCUGCCAGCCUAAAUUCCCGGAGAUCCCCAAGUUACCGGUGCCCAAAUUCCCAGAAAUUCCCCACCAAACUGAUGGUCAUGAUCUGCCUGAGAUGAAGUUCCCGGAAAUCCCCAACCCAUUCGAUCAUCACCUGCCGGAGCUGCCCAAAUUCUCAGAGGUCCCCAAACCAACUCUCCCUCAUGAAGUUCCAGAUGUUCAUCUGCCUGAGCCUACUCUUCCUGAGUUGCCUCACGAGUUUCCUGCUUUUCCCCUACUUGAAUUUCCCACAGUUCCUUACAAGCCCACUUCACCAUGA